AUGUCUGAGAGCACAGCUAAGACCAAGACGUCUGUGGAUAAUGUUGUAGAGCAGGAGGUGGAUAGGAAGGGUGGGAAGGAUCACGUUGCUGCUCCGCCUACUAAGGAGAAACGGAAACGUAGAUCUCGAUGGGGCGCGGCACCAGCUGGCGAUGGGGAUCAUGAUUCUGCUAGCGAUGAGGGUGGUAUCACCAAGAAGGCUCCACGCAAAUCACGAUUUGAUACAGCCCCCUCGGCUAUGGUUGUUGGACCAGACACUCUUGAGGUUGUGCUCACAGGGGGUACGGCUCCUGCCAUUAGACUAGAUGCUGCCCAGAUUGCCGCAGCAGCUGCUGCUGCUAGACUGGCUAAGGAACGAGCACAGGCUGUGGCACAGCAACAGAAGUCUGCACUACAGCUACAGAGUGAGCAGUUGAAUGCUCUGAGGCACGGUCGUAUCGCUGCAGAGGCAGCAGCUAGAGCAGUAGCACAGGCUGAGGCUAUGCAGAUGAAGGGUUUCAGUAGCGGACCUGUUGGUGGUGUGGUAUCGGCUCCAGUUGCUUUGAGGUUGGACCAAUAUGGUAGAGAGAUCGACGCAGAUGGCAAAUUGGUACCCAUGUCCCAGCUACGGCCCCCAGUGGCGAUAUCAACGCUGAAGAUCAAUCAGAAUCGUGCAGCCUUGGACAUGAUGCGUAGGAGUAAGUCCAAGACUGAGGAUACAGUGGCCAGUGGGAUGAAGCUGGGCAAGACACGUUCUGGGGCCACUCGUGAUCGUUUUUUUGAUCCAACGGUGCAUGUUGCUGGUGCAGUGAGGAAACCUAGGAUGGGGUUUAACUUUAACGAGAGUGGUACUUGGACAAAGAAGGAAAUAGAGAUGCAGAAGCAGGAGGGUGUAGAGUCACCACCUGCUGCUGCCGUUGAGAAGGAAGAGAAGGUGAAAGCAGAUGGUGUACCAGCAGCUGCUACACCAGCGAUCUCCUUGGGUGUCACAGUUAGGAUUCAUCCCAGAGAGGCCCCACCGACAGUGGAGUGGUGGGAUCAGAUAGUAAUCGAUGCUGGCGGCCCUAGUAAGGUCAUAUCAUCCUAUAUUGAGCAUCCUCCUCCGGCCCGUUCUGCAGCUCAGCCACACAAGCAGGAGGGUAUGGCUUCAUUAACACCGGCUGAACGUAAGAAGUUGAGGAGAUUAAGGAGGAAGGAGAAGGCUACUAAUAUGCAGGAUAAGAUUAGGAUGGGUCUCAUACCGCCACCACCACCGAAGGUCCGCAUGAAGAACCUCAUGAUGGUAUUGGGUGAUGAGGCUGUCCAGGAUCCAACUGCUGUGGAGAAACGUGUUAGGGCUGAGGUUACUGCUAGACGGGAGGCACAUGAGAAGAGGAAUGAGGAACGUAAACUACCACCUGAAGAGAAGAAGCUGAAGAAGGCAGGGAAGUGGAUUAACGCUCCUGAAACUGAAACACAAGUACAUGUAUCAGUGUAUAAAGUGAAGGAUCUGUCAUCUAAACGACAUCAGUUUAAAGUUUCUAAAAAUGCUGAGCAAUUACACUUAUCCGGUAUGGGCUUGGUAGUGAGUCCCGAGGUUGGAAAUGUGAUAAUAGUAGAAGGCAGUAGGAAGGCUGUGCGCCGCUACGAUAAGCUGAUGCUGCGACGUAUCAAUUGGAAUGAGCGAUUGGGUAAUCGUCGGAGGCCAGGAGAGGAGGGUGAGGAUGAUAUUGAUGCUGCUGCUGCUGCCGAGGAGGAGGAGGAAUACUCUGACUACGAUUCCGAUACAGAGGGUGUUACUGCUCGUCACUCUGAUGGAUGUGUGCGCAUGUGGCAUGGUGUGGUACCGAAGAGGCUCUUCCCUAUGGAGAGAAGUGGACUCCCAUCAUGGAAGUUGAUACAGGCACCGGGUGAGAGCUUUGCUCGUCGUACUCUACGAGAAUACCAUGCUGAACACUACUGGGAUAUGCUGGCCCGAUUCAGAGACAAGAAUGUCGAUGUGUAG